ACCAAGCCCACCUCAUCGCGAAACCCUCACGCAUCUCAUCGAAUCCACGAACACAUUGCACGAAUCGAAGUAAUCCCGAACGGCGAGAGCUAGCUCGAUGGAGGCAUCGUCGCCGACGUCGCCGUCGUCGCUGCGGCACAAGCUGCGGACGACGGUGUGCUGCUGCUUCGGCUCGGGGGAGACGAGGCGAGGCGGCAGCGGGGAGAAGGUCAGGUGGAGGCGGCGGGUGGCCGCGGGGGAGUUCGGGUACGACCCGCUCAGCUACGCGCUCAACUUCGACGAGGGGGGCGACGACGACGACGGGGACGCCGACGCGGGGGCGGCCUUCCGGUACAAGAACUUCUCCUCGCGGCUGCCGCCCUCGCCGGCGGCGCCGGCGCAGCGGUCGACGGCCAUCGCCAUCUCAUGAACUGUACCAGUCUCUCCUCCUGGCUCUUCUUCUUCCCUAUAGAGAGAUUAAACUAUGUACUCGUGAUAGCAGCAACCAUAGCGAGAUUAUACUAGUAGAUUAGAGAAAUUUUGCCAUGGUUUGCUAUGUACUAAUCGAUACGGAUCAUUAAUUUGUGAAAAAUUGGUGAUGAAUCCCAGAAUUGGGGUGAUUUUAAUAUGUAAAAAUUUACUGCAUCUCUCUCGUUUUUUACUCGCGG